AUGAUGACGAAUCGAUUCGACCUGUUGUGCAACGGCACAGUGGGGUUUGUGGACUACCCAGGACGAGUUAUUGUCAUCGUACAACUGGGUCGAGGCGCCAGAAGACUCGCCCACCAUCGCUGUGCCGGGGUGCCCGGCGCGGUGGCAACCCCCACCCGUGCACGGCGGCUCCCCAAGGACACUGGCCGCUUCUACAUUGCCCAAAACGAAGCUCGAAAUCCAGGGCAUCCCCUGGAGCCCCUCUUCCGCGCCGUGCUCCUCUCCCGUCCCUCUUUUAACCUCGGCGAAGUGGACCUGGUCAGCGAUCGCAACAACCUCCGGAAACUCUUCAGUUUUGUCGAUCCGGCUUCGGACCGCAACGGCCUGACGCCCUUUACGAUCAACGUCGAGGUGGUGGGCAGCACGGUGGUAUUCUGCCGAGACGGAACGGAGACUGUGCGCGUGGUCGGGGCGCAUCAGUUCAUGGGGUAUAACCACGAAUUCGAAAAGGCCCACACCGUGAACAGUAUCGAGGGCAGCACGGGCCAUUACAGGAUCAUCUCCUACCGCUUCGGGGACCACAAGCUGGUGGUCAGGCACGAGCUGAGCGGCCACUGUUCGGACGUGCAGGCAGCCUCUGCGACGGCCGAUGCUCUCGCUGAUUCGCUGUCCUUGUUGGCGUUGACGCCCGCUGAUACCCCAGCUCGCGCCGCCGGGCCGGAUUCCAAGCUGAGGAUCAAGGAACAAGGGAACCUCGUCCCCCUUGAGUCCACCAUGGAGCUGAAGACGAGGGCUAUGUCGAAUGGCAUCGUAUUAGCGCAUGUAGUAACCCAGCUCUGGGUUGCUCAGACGCCGAAGCUCGUGCGGGCGUGCCACGAUCGCGGGUUGUUUGUCGAGCCGAGGGUGGAGGACGUUGGCGCCUAUGUCAAAUCAUGGGAGGCCACGAAUCAGAACCACUUGAGAAAUCUCUCGGGGCUGACUGGGAAGAUUGUCGAGCUCGCAAGGGGCCAUGGCGAUGGGGCCAUGUUUACUCUGAGUUAUGAGUUGGCCGAAAACAAACUCGUGCUCCGAAAGGCGUGUCGUCCACGAAUGCUGCCGAAUGAUUUAUACUCUACACUUGUCAUCGACGACACAUCCCCGACUAUCAAGGAGAAGGCUGAAAAGUAA